GAUAUUCAGGUGAGAGAUGUCCAUCUUAGCAGCACCUAGAACCAUUUUAUGUUCAUUUUCUUAACACCUACUUUAUCGUAUCCUCUUUUUAUUCUUCCUCUUUGUUCCGAACUUACUAUGUAUUUUGAGAGUUAAUGUCUUGUAACUGUCGUUUUUUGUGAGUUUAACCACUCUUCAUUUUCUUCAGAGUUAAGUUUUACAUUGUGUGCCGUACAAUGUAAAGGGUAUACGUUAUCUGUAAGAAACAAAGAGAGCGUGAAAUGUGAAGAUGUACAAGUAAUCUAAAAUUAAUUAUGAUUUAAUUUAAUAUAAUUUCUAACUGGUAUCCAACGAUGUCUUGCGUUGCAAAGGAUGUAAGGGUGAAUAUGAAAGGUAAAUGAAGUGUUUAGAUGCAGGAUUGAUCUAAAUUAAUUCAGUUUGAUGUCACUUUCAAAUGGUAUAGACUUGUGUGCAUCUGCUGUGCACUUUGUUGUGGUUUUUGUUACCUUUCUACUUUGUUUUAUUGUGUUUUGUUGUGUCAUGCUCUCUGGGGUCAGAUCUCAAUUUUUAUGGCAAUUAAAUAAUUGUAUUGUUGAACUUUUAUAACCGACACAGGUCUUAAUUAAAAAAUAAUAAUAAUAAUAAUAAUGAACGGUUGGAAAGAAAAAAGAAUUGGAAGAAAAGGAAAGAAAAAACUACUAUCUGAAGCUGAAGUGAGAACGUGCAUGGAAAUAGUAUAUGAGGGAAGUUAAGUUUAUAUGUGCAACAUGACAUAAUAGAAUACUGCAAGCGCGUAAAUACCCUAACAAAUGACAUGAACUUGCUAACAAAAUUGAGCUAUAACUGUGAAGUAACCACUAACUACGGUAAUUAACUGUUUAACAAGAGUGGCUAUAAAAUGAAUUCGACACUUCAACGAAGAAACCACAAUUAAGGAUCUCCCAGAAUCCACUUUGGUUCCCUCAGUUUAGCUUGCGUUAAGCGUGGAUCACAUAAGGGAACAGUAUGAGCCAGGUUUCGAAAAAAGCUGCCUCUAACGGUCAUGAGAAAAUGGUGAUUUCCAAAGAACAUCAGGCAAAGAUUACUGAGGUGAGAAAGUUGAUAGGGCCAUUAUCAGCUAAGGAAUCUCUGUACUGUUCUGAUGCAACCAUCACAAGGUAUUUAAGCUCACGAAAUUGGAAUGUCAUGAAGGCAGCUCAAAUGUUGAAGCAGAGCCUGAAAUGGAGAAAAGAAUACAAACCUGAAGAGAUUCGCUGGGAAGAGAUUGCGGAUGAAGCAAAGACAGGGUUGAUGUAUAAACCAAAUUAUCUUGACAAAUAUGGGAGAUCAGUGCUUGUAAUGAGACCUUGUCUCCAGAAUUCGAAGUCAACACAAGGACAGAUUAAGCAUUUUGUGUACUGCAUGGAGAGCGCCAUUUUAAAUCUUGCACCAAACCAGGAACAGGUGGUCUGGCUGGUAGAUUUCCAGGGUUUCAAGUUGUCAAAUAUAUCAUUCAAGGUGGCUCACGAAACCGCCCAAGUGGUGCAGGAGUAUUAUCCAAAGCGGCUGGGAUUGGCCAUAUUGUACAAUGCACCCAUGAUCUUCCAACCAUUUUUCUCGAUGGUAAAGCCCUUUUUAGAGAGUGAGACUUAUAACAAAAUAAAGUUUGGCUAUUCAAACGACCACAGUACAAAGAAGAUUAUGGAGGAUUUGUUUGAUAAGAGUAUUCUUGAAUCUGCAUUUGGGGGGAAUGGAGAAACAGGAGUUGACCUAAAUAAAUAUGCUGAGAGAAUGAAAGAGGAUGACAGUAAGAAACUUUCUUUCUGGACACCGGUCAAGUCUCUGUCAUCAGUUUCACACAAUGCCCCCUUAGAUUCAAUCAGGUUAGAUGCAGAUUCUGAUGCUUCCAACAAUGAGAAAAUUCUUGUUCCUAACUGAUCAAUACAUCUUGGGAUCUUAAAAAUUCGAUCGCAUUGCGAUGAUAAAUUUCAUAUGUAAUCAGUGUUGAGUCAAUUGUAAUGCAGCAAGACACUAUGACGC